CACUCUCCCCAGUCCAGAUCCAGAGAGCAAUCAUGAAGACCAUCAUCUUCCUUGCCCUGCUGGGAGCCACUGUUGCUUUCCCCAUUGAUGAUGAUGACAAGAUCGUUGGGGGCUACACCUGUCAGAAGAAUUCCUUGCCCUAUCAGGUGUCCCUGAACUCAGGCUACCAUUUUUGUGGCGGCUCCCUCAUCAAUUCCCAGUGGGUGGUGUCCGCAGCUCACUGCUACAAGUCCCGAAUCCAGGUGCGUCUGGGAGAACACAACAUCGCAGUCUCUGAGGGUGCUGAGCAAUUCAUCAAUUCAGCCAAGGUCAUCCGCCACCCCAGAUACAAUGAAAAAACUUUUGAUAAUGACAUCAUGCUGAUUAAACUGAGUUCGCCUGCCACCCUCAACUCUCGAGUGUCUGCUGUCUCUCUGCCAAAAUCCUGUGCGGCUGCUGGUACCCAGUGCCUCAUCUCUGGCUGGGGGAAUCUCCAGAGCACUGGGGAAAACUAUCCUGAUCUUCUGCAGUGUCUUCGAGCACCCAUCCUCUCUGACAGCACUUGCCGCAAUGCCUACCCUGGCAAGAUCAGCAGCAACAUGAUCUGUCUGGGCUACCUGCAGGGUGGAAAGGACUCCUGCCAGGGUGACUCUGGUGGCCCUGUGGUCUGCAACAGAGAGCUCCAGGGCAUUGUCUCCUGGGGUCUUGGCUGCGCUCAAAAGGACAAACCUGGUGUCUACACCAAAGUCUGCAACUAUGUGAGCUGGAUUCGGCAGACCAUCGCUAACAACUAA